AUGUUCAAUCGCAACCACUCACAUCAUGAUCAGCCCAGUAGCUACGGGCAGCCAAACAUGGGCUUUCCAUCCCCCGAACCAGGGUUCGGCGCGCCAGGCUAUAAUCCGUCCUACGGCCCGCCUCCUGGUGGUCCUCCUCCACCUCCGGUGAACCGCUCGAUGUAUCCCGGUCAAGCUGCGCACUACGGCCCGCCACCAGGCGACUACGGUGCUCCUCCUGGCCCUCCACCCGGAGGCUACGGGAACUAUGGACCACCGCCCGGACCACCUCCCGGUGGAAACUAUGGCCCUCCUCCUGGGCCUCCUCCUCGCCCGUCCUCCCACAACUACGGUCCACCUCCAGGGCCCCCUCCCCAAUCGUCAUACGGUGGGUAUGGCGGAGGUUACGGAGGCGGUAACGACUACGCUCCGCCUUCUGGUCCUCCUCCCCGCCCUCCUGCUCGGGAGCAGCACUACGGCCCUCACUUCCAGAACAAUGGCCAGGAUCAACAACCGUACUUCAUGUACUCGCAGUGUACUGGGAAGCGCAAGGCACUCUGCAUCGGUAUCAACUACUUCGGACAGAACGCGGAAUUGAAGGGAUGCAUCAACGAUGCACGUAAUAUACAGCGUUUCUUGAUGGAGCGUUACCAGUACAAGAAGGAAGAUAUGGUCAUGCUUACAGACGAUCAGCAAGAUCCGCGUUCUCAGCCGACGAAGGAGAACAUCAUCCGCGCAAUGCAAUGGCUCGUUUCGGACGCGCAGCCGAAUGACUCGCUGUUCUUCCAUUACUCUGGGCAUGGCGGUCAAACCAAGGAUCUGGACGGCGACGAAGCUGACGGCUACGACGAGGUCAUCUACCCCGUCGACUUCAAGCAAAACAGCCACAUCGUCGACGACGUUAUGCACGACAUCAUGGUCAAGCCUCUUCCUGCCGGAUGCCGCCUCACUGCGAUCUUCGACUCAUGCCACUCGGGAUCCGCACUUGAUCUUCCGUACAUCUACUCGACGGAGGGCAAGGUCAAGGAACCGAACCUCGCCGCCGAAGCUGGCCAGGGCUUGCUCGGCGCUGUCUCCAGCUAUGCCCGUGGCGACAUGAGCGGCGUGUUCAGCUCAGUCUCCGGUCUUCUGAAGACUGCAACGGGUUCCGACAAGCGCGCGAACGAAAAGGCCAAGCGCACCAAGACGAGCCCGGCGGACGUCAUCUCGUGGUCCGGUUGCAAGGACAGUCAGACCUCCGCGGACGCUUUCGAGGCGGGUACUGCGACGGGCGCGAUGUCGUUCGCAUUCAUCUCGGCUCUCAGUCAGGGUGGCGAGCAGAGCUACCAAUCGCUGCUUAUCACGAUUCGUGGCAUCCUGAAGGCCAAAUAUUCGCAGAAGCCACAGCUGAGCAGCUCUCACCCCAUGGAUACGAACCUGAUGUUCACGAUGUAG